UUCUAGAUUAUUACUGCAUAAUAUUCCUACAAAGUAGUGCCAUAGUUAAAAAUAUUGGAGAAAAAACAACGAUGGGAAAUAAGGCUAUGGAACUGAGAAAAGAGGCCAGGGAUUAUGGGAGAAAUUACGAAUACAAAAUGGCCGCACUUUUAGCAACAAGACUUGCAUUGGAUUCCACAGUGGCGGAUUUUCGCAUGGUGUGUAACAUAGAAGGAGUUGGAGACUUUGACGAUGUGGUUGUCGAAGUCGUAGACAAAAACGGGUCUGUAGAAGUAUUCUGCGUUCAGCUGAAACAUAAAGCCGAACACACACUGAGUCUUGAUUCGUUUCUCAAAAAGUACAAGAAAGCAUAUGAUAAAAUUAAUGAAAACAUAAACACACUUGCUAUCUUUGAAAACGUUAACGUGGACCAGGUACAUUUGAUACUGUACACGAAUACCAGCUUGAAGACAAAUAAAGGAAGCUCGAUAUCAAUGAGAAGUAUUCCCGGUACGGAGUUCCUAAAUACAUCUAAAAAACAAAAGACCGCAUCCGAGAUAAUCAAUCCUCCCACACCCAUGUUAGCUCUAUACGAUAACCAAGCAGAUGAACCACAACUUGACGCACUGAUAAGAACCGAGCUGUAUCAAAAGUUCAAAAAUAUUAACAACAUCUCUGUUGGAAGUCUGGUAAACUUUUUCUCGAAAUGGUCCCUCGGCAGAAAGAGUGAUAUUAUCGUACUCAAUAAAAAAAAUGUACAGGAAAGGUUACUGGAGUUUAUAUUGAUGCCGUACGUGGUCGAUCCUGAAAUAGGUACAGCUAAGGAGGAAGGUUCUUUGGAAACUUUACGAAAAACUUUGGUGGCUUUUAACGUGACCAACAUUUCCGAACCGACAUACUUAGAAAACGUUUUUGCGAUGAUAAGACAGAAGAUCAACGAGACCUGUGAGAUACAUAUCGAUAAAUCACUUCCCUGGAAUACCAAUAUCGCCCAAGACCAACUCGAUUCUAUAUAUAAACAGACUUCCAACAAGGAUAAAGAUCUCAUCAGCAGCGUUCUGAAAGAAAGACAGCAGUUUGUGCCACACCUUGUUUUGAGAGACCUCUACAUGUCAGCCUGGAAUAUUAGGUUAAUUCCUAUAAUUCUGGAUUGCAGAUCAUCCUCAGAAAUAGUGAUAGACGUUCUCAAUGCCUUCGAGAGCGCGUUGCAGAGCAUGAGUUUCAUUUUGAUAGGCGCCCAGCCACUUACAUUCGGCAAUUUCGACACCUUUGAAAAUUUGUGUUCCCUUAAGGAUGACGAACUAUUCGAGAAUAAUUUGGAGAUGCUUUCAGUUUCCCUUCAAGGCAAAUCCUACAUUUCAUUAAAAUUUUUGAGGGAUGCCAAGGAAGUUCUUAGUGAACUGAAACCGGAAACCUAUCUGUCUAUCAUUAGGACGCCUCCUGUCUUAGGUUACAAACCUGACCUAGGAGACUUUCACAUCGAGAGACAUUUGGUUAAGCCCACUUUUGAGUUAGCUCUACUCAAUAAAGAGAAUGUUUUCAAGAGGAGGAACCAGUCUCACAAAGGUGAUUUGUUCAUAAUUAUUGAAGGGGAGGAAGAAAAAAUACCGUGGAACCAGAUGACUUUACGAGUAUAUUUUUCCUAUAUUAACAGAAUGAACCUCAUAAAGUACUUGAGUAAUGUAGAAGAAAAUACAGCAAAUGACAAUAUUUAUAUUUUGACAAUAGACCAGACUCCGAUUCUCUUAAAACUUGCCAUGGAUUCCAUUAAACCCCUACACGACUGUACAGGGAAGAGCGUGCACAUUCUGAAAUUGGAAACGAAUGGUCGUUUAGAGUGGUUAAGAUCUGAAGGAUCAGUUGGUAUUUUGCAAGACCAAUCCACGAGUUUCAAUAGAGAUAGCACAAUCAGUGAAUACGCACUCGCCCAAGAACAUAUAUCCAAGUUAAAGAUUAUCAGCAGUAAUGCAGGAAUGGGAAAAACGAACUUGCUGAAGAGUAUGGCUUACCAUCUCGAAGAGAACGAAUGGGUGACCUACGUGAAUCUGAGCGAUCACAUCUCACUAAUAGAAUCUUGUGAAUCAAAGGCGCAUAUUUUACAAUACUUGUGUAACCAACAGACAAAGAACUGUGAAGAUUGUCUGAGACCGUUUGCCAUGAGUCUGAUGAUACACUCAUUAAAGGACCACAUGACUUGGAUGUUUGAUGGUUACGAUGAGGUGGCUUCAACAAAAACGAUGUCUCUCUUGAAAUCAAUGUCAAACAUGAAAUUGUGGGUCACAACCAGACUUACGUUCAAAGACGAGCUGGAAAAGGAACUUGGUUGUUUAGCUUAUGAACUGACCUGCUUCAGCACUAGUGAUCACACGAACUUUCUUCACCAGUACUUUGAAAACCACCACAUUUUGAAAUACGACAAAACGCAAAUCGAUAGCAUAGUACAGUCGAUCAAAAAAUGUACAUCUUUCUUAGACGAAUCAUUCGUGGGAAUUCCUCUGCAGACGAAAAUGUUCGCAGAAGUGUUUGGCAAUGAUCCGAGCGAGAACGAAGAUGAGGUGUUUACCAUUGCAGCGGUGUAUAACAAAUUCAUAAAUAUCAAGUUGAACGAAUAUACUUCGUAUGAAGCCACGAGUUUGAAAAGAACGCUGUCUAAGCUGGCGUUGAAGCUUUUCUAUACCAGAGACAGCUUGGAAAAUCUUAUAGACUUUGACGACCUAGAUGAGGAUUCUGUUGCAUUUAAAGAGAGCUAUAAAAAAGAUUCGAUCGUGUCAGGUAUCAGUGAUAAUGGUGAAGUUCUUUUUGGCCACCGAACAUUUGCAGAAUUUUUAGCAGCUCAGUGGUUAUCGAAGAAAAUUAUGGAUAAAAAAAUCCCUGGCAAUUUUGACCAGAGCUGGUCACCGCUGGUGAAGAUGCUUUUUUAUCAUGAACUACAACCAGUUAGAUUAUUCUUCGACAGGAUUUUAUCAGAAGGUUUGAGCUUACAUUCAGCAGUUUUAUCCAACGAUAUGACAAAAACUACAGCUCUUCUCGAAUCCAACGUUGGUGUUACUGAUCGGGAUAUCCUGGGUCGAUCAGCUCUGCAGGUAGCAGUUACCCACGGAACAUUUUACGACCUAUACAAGGCAAGCAGUAUCCAGGGGAUCAACAACAUUACUUCACACUCACACAUUGAAUGGAAAGAGUCUGGUAUUCAUACAAGAAUUCUUAGAAAAGAUUCCCAGCAAAUCUCCUUAGAAAUUAUAGAAAAAUUACUUGAAUAUGGAUUGAAGAAUACCAAAGACAGAUUUUUUGGAUACGACCUUUUCGAUUCCGCUAUGAAAUCGUGUUCUUUAGAAGUUGUUGAGAGUCUCUAUAAAAAAUUUCCUAAAGAGGAACUAUUAUUCGAGAAGGAGUUUAUAUUUGAAGUUUUCGUUUUUAUCAUAGUCCACAGGAAUUUUCAUCAAAUUUUUAGUAAAAGAAACUGCCAAAAGUUUGGCGAAACUUCACAUUUUGAUGAUUUUCAGAUCAGGGAUAUGUUUUUGAAAAACAAAGAGCUAUUGCAAGCGAAGUAUAAUGACCAAUACUUAUCGGAAAUUGCUUCUGGGCAAGGGAGUAAAGAAAUACUCUCUAUUCUUUUAUCAAAAAAAAUUCUGACUAUCGACCAAGGCUUCCCUCUACAUAGAGCUUGCCUUAAUGGCCAAACCGACAUAGUGCGGAUGCUACACGAUAUGGGAGCUGAUGUGAAUAAGAAGGAUGUUGGAGGAAACAACCCUAUAUUUUCGUCAGGCAUUCAAAAGAGGUCAGAUGUAACUUACCAACUUCUCAAAAAGUUCAAUUUAUUAGAAAUGAUAAAAGAGAAGAAAUCAUCACUCACUCCUCUCCACUAUGCCUGUCAAGGUGGGCACUUGAGUUGUGUGGAAGCUCUGCUCGAAAUGGGAGCUGAUGAAAGCAAGCUUGAUGGCUUCGAUUUCAGCCCACUGCAGUACGCAGUUACCUACGGACAUUCUAAAAUAAUCAGGGCAUUAGUAACAAACAGAGAGUUUCCCAGAGAACAAAUACUUCAGGCCUGUUCCACUGCUUCUUCCUCCAAUUACCGAGACUGUGUAAGUGUACUGCUCGACUACAUUGAUGUUAAUACAAUCGACAACGAUGGAAAUACUUUCCUGUUGUUGGCUAGCAAAUCAGGCAGCUUAGAUGUCAUUAAACACCUGACCGCAAUUGAUAAUUGUGAUUUAAAUGUAUUGAAUACGCAAGAGAAGUUCCAGGAAGUUGUGCAUUGGGCUCAAGCCAAUAACCACGCUCUCCUCUCAGUAAAACUCAUUUCGCUGGGACCAAAACCCUUGAACUCAGCAAAAGGGGGAGUGGGAGCUUUGCACUUCGCUGUGCGACAAGGUCAUUCCGAGUGUGUUGAAGCUUUGCUCGAAGCAGGAGCUGAUAAGCAUCUCAAGGAUGGAUUCGAAGGGUUGGGAUACACACCUCUGGUUUGGGCCAGUUUGUACGGAAAGAGUAGAAUAACUCAAAUAUUGCUUUCAAGGACAUACAGGAAAGAGCAUGCGCAGGAAGUUGAACUCGCCUUGAUCUGGGCAUCGAUGUUGGGGUACCACGAGUGCGUGGAACACCUUCUUGAAUUGGACGACAUAGUUCAGGAUAGCUCUGGCGUUUCUAAGGCGAUCAUUACCGCCGAGUUUGGCUUUGAUGCAAGAGAUAUCAACUUGGAUGGAAAUAUUCCAAUGUUGCUGGCAGGAAAAAACUGCCAACUGAAAGUCAUACAGUUGCUGUGUGCGAAAAAGUACAAAAACAACAGUAAUCUGAAUGACGCCCUACACUGGGCUGUGAAAACUGGGGAUGUGAGAUGUGUGAAGGGUUUACUGGAAUUAGGGGCGGAUGCCCACUCCAGAGACAACAUCACGGGUAUGGGUUACAUUCCCAUUGUGUGGGCAUGUCUAUACGGAAAGUUGGACAUAGUCAAACUCUUUCUGGAAAACAAAGAUAAGGACUACCUGGAAUUCAAAGACCUCCACUUGGCACUAAACUGGGCUUGCGUUGGAGGUCACAACGAAAUUGUCAAACUGCUUCUUGAGUUUGGUCUCGAUGUGAACGUUAUUGAACCCAACUUAUCUAGAAAUAGUCCUUUGAUAUCUGCGUGUCAACAGAGAGGUACAGUCGAAACCAUAGAUCUACUGAUAUCAUACAAUUGCGACUUGACCAUCAAAAAUGAUGAAGGGAAAACUGCGUUGGAUAUUUGUUUGGAAAGACAGAAUUUUUCAUUCGCCAAGCGAAUCUUAAUGGCCACUAAAAAAGAGGAAUUUUAUCUAGUGAAAGGCACGAUAAAUAAAGAAAAUUUAGAGGAAACUGUGAAAUGGGCGGAGCGUGAGAACGACCCUGAAUUCAUAUGUAAAUUAGCUGAAUUGAUGACUGAACAUAUGUCUAAUUAGUUUUUCAGUUAAACUUUUUAUAUUACCUAGUUAUAUUAGUUUGUAAAAUUUUCAAGUUCACAAUAAACAAUUAUAUGACAA